ACACGGUACCCUUCCUGCAACAACCGCUAAAACGGAAACAUAAAACACCAAUUUUUAGUGAAAUAGAUAACGCAGUGCUAAAAUGAAUAAUCAAGUACUAUCUGCUGAGCUUUCUCUGCAUAGUUUUUACAUUUUCAACUCAGUGUUUGGUCCCAAGGAAGGGGAGGAGGAGAAAAAAGUGUUAUUCUACCAUCCCCAGGAUACAGACAUCGAUACCAAAAUAAAGGACGUUGGAUUGAGUGAAGCGAUCAUCAAAUUCAGCAACACCUUCACCAAAGAUGAUAGCGUGCAGACCAUGCAUACGCAGAAAACUUGCCAAUUUUACUUCCAACCCGAGCCGGGAUACUGGAUGAUCAUGACCCUUAAUGUUCCGUUCGAGCGGAAGUCCCGCGAAUCGGGCGACUACAACGAAUAUCAUGGCGAUACGAUACACGACACCAUCUUCCAGUCGGUGCUUCGUCAGUCGUACCGGAUGUUUCGCAUGUUCCACGGAACGUUUCAGGACAAUCUGCGCCCGAACGAGGAUCUGGAUGCGCAGGCGAAUCUGAUCGGGAAACUUGAAGCCUUCUACCAGAGCUACAUCCUGCACCUGCAGAUGAAAAAGUGCGACGUCGUGGACGCAUUCGGGAGCGUACAGUACUUGCCACUCAAUCAGCUGCUCUUCCUGCGGGUGCAAAACUUUAUCAACAUGAUCGAGGCCACAUUCGCACCGAUCAAGCAUUGCAUUUUUCUGUACAGCGAUCAGGUGGUGUGGAGCGGGCUUAAUCCGACCGAUCUGCACACGCUGUACGAGUACUUCCACAGCCCGAUGUACGAUCACUUUGCUAAAAACAAAAUGGCACACCCGACGUACGUCACGGAGAAGGGCAAAAUCAAACGAUACUCGCUCAUGGUCUGCCGCAAGGUGCAGAAUAUUUCCCUUUGUCUCCUACUGGAUGACGAAUCGGUACAGAACGAACAGUCCUUAUAUCUGGAGCUAAAUGCCGUCGUCAAUCCCCAGCUGACGAGCAUUUCGUCCGACAUCAGCCAGCACUUGCAGACCAGCGGAGAGACGGGCUACAGUUUCGGGUGCUCCGGAGGAAGCAAGGAGGAAUCUCCGACGGCACCAAAGUUUAUCUAUUUCAACGAAAUGAACCUGCAACACCGAGGGACGGUACGGUUGGGUCAGCAGCAGUACCAGUCCAUCGCGGGCAGUGGGCUUCCGAACGAUGUAAUGAAUUUAAUAGUGGAUCUUCUGGAUGACGUCCGUAGUAACCGUUCGAACGUAAUGGAUGAAACGAUCGUUAAGACACACGACGACUAUUGGAUCGUAAAGCGCAGCUGCAACUCGCGGCACGUCUUUAUCAUUCUCAACAAAAGUUCGACCCUGAUCGACGUGACGGAGGAUACGAAAAAAAUACUUGAUCAAAAUAUCAAAGGUAUCUUCUUCUAGAGAAUGCGAGAGGGUCGGGGGCGUUAUAAAAAUCCUUACGAGAAGUUAUAGCAAGUACAUACGCGUUGCAAAUACAAUCCUUUGGGAAUGUUCCGUUUUCUCUGCAUCAAAUGCAAGACGUGCUAUAUAUUCUUUCUAGUAUAUUUCAUAGCUUGAUUAUAUGUUAGAUCAAUUUUGAUUAUUGACAUUUGUUUUGCAGUUAAUCUUAUAACUGAAAUAAAGCAAUACCGCAAUAAACCCUUUUUGAUAAC